GCCACCUCAUUUCAACUCAGCUGGAGAAACUCAAGAGACCAAUUAUUGGGGGUAGACGAAAAGAGAUUGUAUGUUGACGGGUGGGAAGCAACGGACUGCUCUUGGACUGCACAAGCACUGUGAGAAAUGUUUCAACAGACAUUGCCAAGUUCCAGUCGAGUCCACUGUCUCUUGUGUGGUGAUCAGCUGCAGGUCUCACUGUGGUGCUGCCUUUCAUAUGUGCAAAGAGGAUGAGCAUCAACUCCUAUGUCCCCUAACACAAGUCUCGUGCCUUAACUCUGUUUAUGGCUGCCCUUUUACCAUGGCUCGUUUUAAAGUGGCAAAACAUCUCCAAGUCUGCCCAGCCAGUAUAGUUUCCUGCUCUAUGGAAUGGAAUCGUUGGCCAUGUGUAGACUCUGAAGCCAUUCUGCAUGAGAACAUUAUGAAGGAGGAGCCCAGUGAGGAGUGCUUGGAUGUGGCUCUAACCCUGAGAGAUCAGAAAACUCUCUUCAGGACACUCAAAAUGGCUGAACUUUUCCCUGAAUGCAGAGAGGCUUGUCUCAUGGAAGAAGCAGCUGAUGAUGUUGAGUACCUGGGAGAAGAAACUGCUGGAAGAGGAGUCAGUCUGUCUGAAGCAAAUGAUGCUCAGCCAGCUGAGCUCAGCCAGCAAGAGCGUGAGAAUUUGGCAAAGGGCAAAGAAGGUAUGGAUUUGGAUGGUUACAAAGCCUGGGAAAACAUGUUUAGCAAAGAAUUUACAGCAUGUAAAGUUACUGGCUUGCUGGCAGAUAAUGGGGAAAAGAGAACUGAAAACAGGUCUCUGAAUACAGGAGAGUCUUCUACUGGUAGUGUGGAAGAAGCCAGCAGCAUGAGUCACAGUGAAGAAAUCCAAGCCCCUCCUCAAGUAAACUUAGCAGCUGAAAAGACAGGGCUGGCCCCUUGGCAAGAUGGAGUACUGGAGAGGCUGAAAAAGGAGGUUCCUGUAGGGGAGUAUAAUAUGUAUCUGGUGCAUCAUGGAAGGAUGCUUAUUCACUUUGGUCAGAUGGCUGCUUGCACUCCCAGAGAGAAAGACUUUGUGUAUGGAAAUCUGGAGGUUCAUGAAGUGAAGACAGAGACCACCUUCAAAAUACCAACCAGCUACUGUGGCAAAAGAACACACCUUGGGGAUCCUGUGGCACACAAGAAGCCAAGUAAGAGCAUAUCUCUGGAUACUUCAGAGUUGGGAAUAAGUCUGCAGGAUCUUCCUAAAUCAAAUGCAAUAAAAACUACACUGCUGUGUGCUCUGGAGAAGGAACUGAAAGGGCAUCAGAUAUCUCAAACAAAGUCUACUGAUGGUCUGUAUGUAGAUUUUGGGACACAAACAUACAGUUUUGAUGUGGAACCUUUCUCCUCCACAGUUGUUCUAGCAGACAUUCUAGAUACAAAAAGGCCACCCAAUCUCCAUUUACAGCUGCACAGUGAGAGCGUAACCCAAAGGCAUAACAAAAGCAGCUCAGCUUUCACAUUCUCUUGUAACCAUGUUUUCAGGAGAGAUGAGUUUCCUUCGCAUUUCAAGAAUGUUCACACUGAUAUCCAGUCUGCCCUAAAUGGAUGGUUCCAGCAUCGCUGCCCACUUGCCUACCUGGGUUGCACUUUUGUUCAAUAUCCCUGGCGCCCUUCUGGGCAAAGGUCAAGUGUUAUCUACAGCCAACAUCUCAAGACAUUUGCUGUCAAGCCAGAAGUAGAUCCUAUGCUUUCAGAACCAAAGUCAUACAACUUGAUCAGAAAUAACAGAGGGAAAGAAAUGGAUGCUCUGAGCAGCCUUCCCUUGGAGAUCCUGAAGUACAUUGCUGGGUUUUUGGAUAGCUUCAGCCUUUCUCAGCUGGCUCAGGUGUCAGUACAGAUGAGAGACAUCUGUGCUACUCUGCUGCAAGAGAGAGGAAUGGUUUUUCUGCUGUGGGAAAAGAAGAGAUAUUCUCAUGGGGGAAGUUCUUGGAGAGUCCGCAGAAAGAUCUGGAAAUUUAGCAGCCUGUUCGCCACUGUUAACAGUUGGCAGUUCAGCGACAUUCCUUCCAUGGCUGUACACUUAAAGUCCUGCCCUUUCUAUGAUGUGGAGCACAAGAAGGACCCUGUUUUGCUGACCAGCAUUUUUUCGGCUCAAGAGCAAAUACAAGAGAGUUUGGUUUCUACAUUCAGACCUGUUCCAAAGAAACUUCACAGAAGGCUGCAGUGAUUUCUAGACAGAGAGCGUUUUUGUUCUGCGAAUAAAAUGUUAAAACAUUU